CAACUGAUUACUUUGCAGUUAUGCUGAUCAAAAGAAACAAUGUUAUGCACCUGGAGCUGUAGGAAGACAUCCUGACAUGCCAAACAAAUAUGGUUACGAGAGAGGAAGCAUUCUUAAGUCCUCACUGAAGAUGGACAGGCAGAACAGCACAGGAAAAAAAAUCAAGAAAGGCAAAAACUUCCGUUCCAUAUCCAAGUCACUUAUGCUGUGCAACACUAAGAACAGCGAUGAUGGGUCCAGCCAGGAGGAGAAAUACUCUGAAAUCACUGAGAUAUCACGAUGCAGUGUGCAAGAUUGGGAAUCACCUUUUGGUGGCAUUCCACAAAACGAUAACAUGAUACCAGAGCCUACAACUAAGAAAAUUAUCCUAUCGAGAAGCACCUCUAAUGACAAAAGUCUGAACAAGUCCUCUCUUAAGGAAGCAGCUCUGAAUGCAUUUGUAGAAAGUCAAGCUAAACUGGAAAACCAUUCCCUACUACAAAUGAAGGUUCCAUGUGUGAGGACACGGAGUAACUCAACAAGUGUAAACCCGUACUGGAUUGGUGAAAUUGAUGCACCUGCAAGUAAGAAGCCCUUACUUUACAGAGACAGACAACCCCCCAACUUGUGUAGCAACAGAAAGUCUUUAUCUCAGCAAUUAGACUGUCCUUCGGGUAUUGUACAAGGUGUUUCCCGUUCAUCGAGGUCACUGAGUUCUGCGCACCUAGCGAACACGAGAAGCUCUUCACAAGUGUCUGUUAUUUCCAAUAUUAUUUUAAUGAAAGGCCAAGGCAAAGGACUUGGGUUCAGUAUUGUUGGUGGGAAGGACAGCAUUUAUGGACCAGUUGGCAUUUAUGUGAAGACAAUAUUUCCAGAUGGUGCAGCUGCAGCUGAUGGAAGACUGCAAGAAGGGGAUGAAAUUCUAGAACUGAAUGGAGAGUCAAUGUAUGGCUUAACACAUAAUGAUGCUCUGCAAAAAUUUAAGCAAGUGAAGAAAGGAGUUCUGACACUAACAGUUCGAACAGGACUCAGCCCUCCAGAUUUUAAAGGAUGCAACUCUCAGAUGGUCCGAUCUAAAAGCUCCAGUACCUGUGCAAUGAGGGACCAUAGCCCCCUUCAUCCUGAGAAUACUUCCUCUUUAUUCAGCUCCAACCCAAAUGACAGAGUCCUUAUUGAGGUGUCAUUACAAAAAGAGUCCGGCGUUGGCCUGGGAAUUGGCUUGUGUAGUGUUCCAAACUGUGGAGGCAUUUCUGGAAUAUUUAUCCACACUCUUUCUCCAGGGUCUGUGGCCCACAUGGAUGGACGGCUCAGAAAAGGUGAUGAGCUUGUGGAAAUAAAUGAACACACUGUCACUAACAAGCCACUGAAUGAAGUCUAUGCACUUCUAAGUCACUGUAACACUGGAGCAGUCAUUAUCCUCAUUAGUAGACACCCAGACCCACAGGUCUCUGAGCAGCAGCUGCAGCAAGCUAUGACUGAAGUUAUGGAAAAAGAAUAUCCCCACUGGAAUAUGGAGGGUGAUAGGAAGAUGGCGUCAUGCUGCCAUGGGAAAUAUCAAUGUGAGAGCUGCAUAGAGAAGCAUGCUGCAUACCUAUAUUACAGCCGGAGGGAGCAGAGGCAAAUGGUUCGCUCCAGCAGUGACAGCAAUUAUAAUCCUAGGCCAAUGAACCAGAACGCGGACUCCUGCCAACUGUAUGGUCUGAAAAGUCGGGUGCACAGCGUGGACGUGCCUGUGCGAACAGAGCCCAUACAGACUCAUUACUCUGCUCCUGUAAGGCUGGGAGAUUAUUCACCUACUGCCAUUGAUGCUUUAACCUCAACUCAGGUCCUCUGCAAGAAAACUAGUAGCCACUCUGGAGAGAUCAUAGUUAAGAAGUUAACAUCAAAACCAGCUCCCCCACCUAGGAAAUAUUAUAAGCAAGACUCAAAGGAAGAUGAAGCAGGAAAUUCGAUUCUGAAGGGAAACCAGCAAUUGACAGCCCACAGUGAGCUAGAUACAUCCUUAUCUUCUGCUGACUCUUCUCAUACAACAACUGUUGAUCAGAUAUCUCCUGACUCAGGAAAUUCGGUUGUGUCUCAUCACAAGCCAUUGUUAAGAAGACAGGUGUGUGUUGACUACAGCUUUGAUACAACUGCAGAAGACCCGUGGGUCAGGAUUUCUGAUUGUAUUAAAAACUUGUUUAGCCCCAUCAUAACUGAAGACCAUAGUCUUAUGGAUAUGGAUGGAAAUAUUAGCACAGGGGAGGAUAGCUGUUCCUCUAUACAAACAGAACAAGAAUGCCAGCAAAUGUAUGGUGAUGAAUCCAGUUCUCAGACAGGGGGUAGUGAAGAUUUAACUAUCCUGAAAAAAGGUCCUCCUGUGGCACCCAAGCCAUCCUGGUUUCGCCAGAGUUUAAAAGGAACCAAGAAUGUAAAUCGCUCAUGGGACAAUAGUGGUUUUGAUAAACCCAAAGAACCUAGUAACAUUUCUAGACCACACGUUUCAAACCGAACAUCUUCAAUCAAACAGAGAAUAAGUUCAUUUGAAACUUUUAGUAGCCCACACCCAGUAACAAAAGGGAACAACAGGCCUAGCUCUCAGUCUCCAGUGCAGCCUAAAAACCCAGUUCACAAGGAAGUUGAAGUAGAAUGUGUUACAGUGUCUUUCAAUAAGGUCUCAGUGAACUCAGUUGAAAGUAAAGAUGAAAAAGUAAUUGAACCUCAACUGGUAUCUCCAGAACCGAUGGAUAAUAUGGAAGCCAGAGUGUCUUCCUCCCCACCAAAGAUUAACAUAUUGAAUGUUAGAAGAAGCAGCAGUACCAGUAAUGAGCCCCAGAUCUACUCUUCAUAUGCAGAGUUCACUGAGCCCCUACCAUUCAAGACUCCAAGCCAAAGAUCAAGGAGCUACCCACUUUCUUCCAGUUCAUCAGCUGGUACCACAAAGAAAGGUGAAAACUGCAGCAAAAUAUAUUCUAUUAGCAGUCAAGUGUCCUCUGCUCUGAUGAAAUCAUUGCUGGCUUUCCCUCAGUCUCCACUUCAGCAAAGUAAAGACUUAUGGCAGAAUGAGGCCACUGCAACAGAGGAAAGCCCUUGCAACUCCUUCACUGAAAACCACCUGCCGGACACUGGAUUCUCUGUGAACCUCUCUGAGCUAAAGGGGUAUGGAAUGGGACAGCCGGUAAAAGAGAAGGAAGAGACCAUUUCUGAGCAGCCAGUCUUUCUGCCUUCAUCUGCAGCCAGUAACAGCCAGUCUGUCAUAUCUCUACUUCCCAUUCAAGAGCUAAGCCAACUAAUAGAGGAAGUUAAAGCUCUGGAUGAAGAAACACUUAAGGAAUUUGAUGACAUUCAUGUGGUGGUCCUACACAAGGAAGAAAAUGCUGGCUUGGGCUUUAGCCUUGCUGGAGGACUUGAUCUGGAAAACAAGGCAGUAACUGUCCACAGAGUGUUCCCCGAUGGUCUUACCUCUCAAGAAGGAACCAUUCAAAAGGGAGAUAAAGUUUUGUCCAUCAAUGGAAAGUCACUGAAAGGUGUCACUCAUAGUGAAGCAUUGGGGAUUUUACGUGAGGCACGUCUACCUAGACAGAGUGUUAUAGUGAUAAAGAAAGAAAAGGAUGGAGAACACAGCUCCAGCUCAUCAGACUGUGCUGGGACUGAUGAACAAACAGCUGGAAAUUCGGACGAGGCGGGAUUUAUAACAACUGUAACUCUGGAGAAGUCUAUGGCUGGCUUAGGGUUCAGCUUAGAUGGAGGAAAAGGCUCCGUGCAUGGAGAUAAGCCAAUUGCCAUCAACAGAAUAUUUAAAGGUGUGUCAGAAAAGAAUGAUGCUGUUCAGCCUGGAGAUGAAUUGCUGCAGUUGGGAAAUAUCUCUUUGCAGGGCCUCACUCGCUUUGAGGCCUGGACUGCCAUCAAAACUUUGCCCAGUGGGCCAGUUCAAGCUGUUAUUAGAAGGAGCAGCAUCGCUGGCUCAGUCAAUCAAUAAAAAUCUCAGCAUGGACGAUGAUAAAGCUUCCACUUAAUGAACAAUGCUUAACUGGCAUCUUGGCAUGUUGUUGUUGCAAUAGGGCAGAAUUCUAACAAAUGCGAC